AUGCUACUGUGGAUCCUGACUGCACUCAGCAUCAUUCAGCUUGCCAGUCCAACAGAAAAGAGAAUUUCAGUGCAACAAAGUCCUCGGCUCACAGUAGAAAACAAUGCUACAUUAUUCUGCAACUACACAUCUAAACAACCUUUAGUGGAAUUCAAAGUCUUACUCUUUAAAGGAGUAGAAAGGACAGAGGAAGUCUGCUCAGUUUUCUGGAAUGGAACUUAUGCCUCUCGCAAAAAAACCCAGGGAUUCAGCUGUGAUGUGAACGUAAUUGAAAACGAAAAGACAGUGCUUUUUGAACUGCUGAACCUGAGCACCAUUCAGACAGACAUUUAUACUUGCAAAUUUGAGCGCAUAAGUCCAGCACCACAUGAGUACAGUGAAAGUCAUGGGACUGUCAUUCAUGUGAGAGCUCCAGGACGUACGUGUCCAGAAAUACAACCAGAAUACUUGAUACCUAUGGCCACAACUAUUGGAGUUCUUGUUUUCUACAGUGUUCUAAUCACAACAGCUUUUUUCUUCUGCUGGCUGAAAAUAAGGAGGAACAAGAUAAUUCAGAAUGACUAUUUAAAUAUGAUUCAGUGGCAAACCAAUGGUCCAAAGAAGAGGCAUCCUCAGCCAGGUGUCCCAGCAAGGAACUAUACUGCGUACCGAUCUUGGGAGCCAUGACAAUUGGUAUUCUCUGCAGCAGGAAAUUCAAAAGAACAUCCUACCAAUUUUUGCACGAUGCAGCCGUUCUCAGAGGUCACAGAUAUCAAACAGAAGAGAACAAAUAACUGGAAAGAUAAGCACUAUAUGUAUGUUAGGUAUCAAACUGAUGGUGGAAAAGGGCAAAAAGAAACACUGACAUCGGACCGUGAAUCUAGUCACAUAAACCUGACAUCCCUUUUAAGCAAAUGUUGGUUUCAUGUGAUGUAUUGAUCACUUUUGUUUUAUUGCGAGUGCUUACUUUUUACUGUUUCUAACUGGAAUAACAGAAUGUGUAUAAUUUGUACCAAAGUUCUGGUUGCUUAUAGUUAGCAAAUGAUCAUAGUUAUCACAAAUUUAUUGAGCAGAGAUAAAAAUGUCACCUUGCAUUUCAGAGGGGAAUGCUGAACUGAAGGUUUGAAACAUAUGUUUUAAAGAUCAGAAGCAUCCAGCGUUUUUGGCCCAGUACUGUUGGCCAGAAGAAGAUCAUACUGUUGUAAAUGAAGCAAAUGAUGAGCUGGAUAGCUUUGGCAUGUUAUCCUGUAUAGCAUGGCUUUUCCCGGUGAACAAAUUCCACAUCCUGCUAAAUUAAUCAGUCUGCAAGUCAAUUCUGAGAGAGAGUUGGAAUAUACAGCCAUAAAAGAAGUGAUUUGCAGACUUUCAUCAAUUGGACAAUAUAAGAGACAAAGCAGACAAGAAGUUCUUGUUGAGAUUAAUUCACUGGCAUUCUGAGUGUCCUCAGCUUUCAACGAAAUACAUGAGAGAUAAAAGCAGCAAGUACAUUCACUCCACGACAUCAGGCACCAUGGAGAAACUGAGGUGAUCAUGCUCACAUGGUUCUAUGUCUGUAGCAAAGUGAAGGCUAGAUUUAAAAACACAAAUAUUUCUAUGAUGCAUGCUUUCAGCACUGAUUAUAGCAAACAUAGAUAUGUAAAAUUUAACCCUGACACGUUCCCUCUAUCAUACAAGCUCUAUUCAUACAUUAAG